AAAUGGUCAUUUUAUUCCCCUUCGCUUUUAGCUCCAUUGCAUUAACCACCGGCAGCCACGCGGAGUGAAUGACCGAUUAUCCGUCCAGAUAACUGCGUUAGCUGGUUAACGUCGGAUCACUGAUCACCCACGAGAGUUGUUUUAGCAAUGGGUUUUAGUGGACCUAAGGCCAAGUACGGGCGGCGAUAGGUCCGUAUACUACUGUCUAUAACCGACCCGUUUCAUUUGGGAGCGGUUUUCGGGUGACUGUUACAUAUGUACGUUUAGUAUGGGGCAUGAAAUGUGUGUUUGCAUUCAGUUUCGUUGGUUUUACUCAUUUUGUUUGUAGCAUUUUUUUCGAACAUUGCAUUUGCGUUGUCUUAAUAAUAUAAAAAAUGGCUAAAGUGUGUUAAGGUUGUUGGUCUAGCUUGGUGUGCAAGCUAGGAACAGGUCUCUGGCUGGGUGGUCCAGCUGGGGACCUUGAUAAAUGGUAAGGAGUCGGGUAUAAGGGUCUGGAUUGACCCAAUACCGUCUGGAUGCAAGAGAUGAGGUGGUAGUAGAGAACAGUAACACUGUGGUAAGCUUUUGAAUGGCUUUAUGGGUCAAGGACUGAACCUGGGUGGCACUAUUUGGACUGAGGCUUGAUGUUAGAGAUCACAUUCUGAGAGUCAGUGAAAUUCUUAUGCGAAUCGAAAAGGUUAGAAUGUAAUAAGUAGUCCAUUGCUGACCAUGGUGUCUGGGUUCUGUUUUAUAAGCUUUUUAUUUUGACGUUGAGGUGUUCUAGAUGGAAUGCUCAAGUAGAAUACCUGUGCACUUGUUAUUGCCAAUGUAUUGAUGGGACCUUAUUUUGUUGUUAGUUUUUGUAGAAUUAUUUUCUACAUCUCAUACGCAUAUGCUUUCAUUUGAACAUGAAUUAAUAAUAACUUUCAUUUCCAUUAGAACAUUGGGAUAUCAUGAUAAAAGUUAAUGUCCUUUCCUCUUAUUGUAUCUUUCCUUAUCCUAGCAAUGAAUUGAAACUUAACUGUUUCAUUAUCCAGAUCGUAGUGUGGUGGACAUCAUCUUUGCAUAAUGUUCUUUCUUUCUUUAAUUGGGUUGCCUUUUCUUUGAUCUUGGCUCUAAUACGAACUUUCUAUUUGGUCAAACAUUGUCUACAGCCUGAUAUGUCAAAUCCUUUUUCAACGUUAAACUUAUAUUUUUAUUGGUAUGUAUGGUAACUAAUCGGGCUAUGUUUUAGUUUUUAGUCCCUAUGAUGAGUUCGGCUAACUUCAGUAGCAACCAUAAUAUUGGGGAUCUUGGUGUGAAAGCUUUAAUGAUGGAGCAGAAUCUAGUUCGAAGCACCUUGCAUCAUGGCAAGUACACCACAUUUGGGUUAGCUACUCAGGAAGAGCCCAAUGCUCUUAAUACAAGGCAUGAAACUGAGAAAAGUAUAAGGCCAGCCAUCUUAAGGACUCCAAAUAGUGGUGCUGAUGCAAGUAUAUCGGAUCAAGAUAAGUCCCCACUUGGUGAUUCUCGCCUUUGCUCGAUAUCAUCAAUAUGCCCAGCCCCAAUUUGCCGUCAGUUCUGGAAAGCUGGAAAUUAUGAUGACAACCAUAAUUCAAAGGCCACAUGUCAAAAUGGCACAGGUCGUCUUCGUGUUCACCCCAAAUUUCUUCAUUCUAAUGCUACUUCUCAUAAAUGGGUCUUUGGUGCUAUGGCAGAAAUGAUUGAUAACUCUGUUGAUGAGAUUCAAAAUGGGGCGACGUCCGUAAUUGUUGAUAAAAUAUCAAAUCCGAAAGAUGGAACUCCAGCUUUGUUAAUUCAAGACGAUGGUGGUGGAAUGGACCCUGAAGCAAUGAGGCGUUGCCUUAGUUUUGGGUUUUCCGAUAAACAGUCCCAAUAUGCUAUUGGAAAGUAUGGAAAUGGGUUCAAGACUAGUUCUAUGCGACUUGGGGCUGAUGUUGUUGUUUUCAGUCGCUGCAAAAGGGACAGCAAUUUUUGUUUAAUGCUUAGACAUUACACAGGAUUAUCUGCAACAGUUGACUAUCUGUUUGACACAGAUAGUGGCACAUGGAAGGCAUUACACGACGACCAACGUCUUAAGCAAAAUCUUUCUAUCUUGUUGCAGUGGUCUCCAGUUGCCACAGAAGCUGAACUUCUAAAACUAGAUAUUAGUAUUUCUGGUAAUUUUAAGAAUACUCGAAAAAGUGAACAGCAUCUUGCCAACCGUCUUCACUGUUCUCUGAGGGCAUAUUUAUCUAUUCUAUACUUGCGAAUUCCGGAGAACUUCCGCAUAUUAUUGCGUGGCCUAGAUGUCGAGUAUCAUAAUAUUGCAGGUGAUCUCAAAUUUCCGGAGUUCAUAUUGUACAGACCUCACAACGUGGAGGGUUCAGUCAUCACGACAAUUGGGUUCUUGAAGGAAGCUCCAGCAGUGAAUAUACACGGUUUCAAUGUCUACCACAAGAACAGAUUGAUAUUGGUGACUGCUUUUACUUCAUUUAUCACUCUUUGGUUAUUUUUGCCGUUUUGGCAUGUUGUAAGCUAUAGUCACAGCAGAGGCAAAGGGGUUGUUGGUGUUUUAGAAGCAAAUUUUAUCGAGCCUACCCACAACAAACAGGACUUUGAGAAAACUCCAGUUUACCAGAAGCUCGAAGCCCGCCUGAAAGCAAUGACACUAGAAUACUGGGAUUAUCACUGUGGGCUUGUUGGCUAUUAUCAAGCUCGCAAAUCUCGAGGAUUAAAGAUGCCUCAGGAUACUUCCAAUUCUGGACCAGGCCAAGGCAUUUAUCAACCUGUUGUUCUGGGUCAAGACUCAGGUGCUUCUGGUCGAACAGCAUCUUUUGUUGCAGCUAAAAAUAGUCCACAUGAAGUAGCAAGUGGUUCGUCCCAUCACAUGGCACCGAACUCCGAAAGGCAUUCUUCGCCCAUUGCUCAAGAUAAUACACAGGGUAAGAAGCAGAAAACAUUAAAGAAGACUUUCAAAAGGAAACACAGAGGACAUGACGAUGCUGCUGAGCUUGUAAGUGUCGAGAGGAGAGGACUCGAAUAUUCUGGUGGAGAUAAACAGCUUCCUGUUGAUCCUGAAAAGCAGUCAGAAAACCAAGAUGGUGCUAGUUUGAUUCGAGAAAACAAAAGGCUCCGUUCUCUGUGCCAGGAGUAUGAGAAGACAGACGAAGAACUAGAUCUCAAGAUAAAAUCCCUCGAAGAUGAAGUAAGAGAAGCCGAACGAGAGUGCACUCGCAUGCUGCUCGAGUCGAGACUGUUGGAGAAAAUUAAGGAAAGUAGAAAGCUCUUGCUCGUCUAGUUUUCUUCCAGUGAUCUAUUUCUGUUUAUUUUUAUUUUGGAAAUAUUAUGCUAAUAUUUACUUAUUAUUUUAUGUGAGUAUUUUGUAUAAUCUUAGAAAACACUGAUGUUGACACUUUUAAAAAAGGUUGAUACUUUCUAUUAGAGAUGAAAAAAAAGGUUGAUACUUUUAAGAAUUACAUGAAACAUGGAGUUUCAUAU